CCCUGUGCGGACCAGCGUUAGUCCCCACACUCUCUCAAAUACCACCACCAUCUCUCCUACGUUCUCCUCUUUAUCUUCCACAUCGGUUGUCUUUCUCUGCAUUCAUGGCUUCUAAGGCAGCACAUAAACGCCUGAAUAAGGAGUAUGUUGCUAUGCAAAGAGAACCUCCUCCGUUCGUAUGGGCAGUCCCAGACGAGAAGAAUAUCUUGACAUGGAACUACAUCAUACGUGGACCACCCGAUUCACCCUUCGCAGGCGGAGAAUACCAUGGAGUGUUACUCUUCCCUCCUGAAUACCCGUUCAAACCGCCAGGGAUCAAGAUGUUGACGCCUUCUGGUCGUUUCCAACCUGAUAGAAAGAUCUGUUUCUCCAUGUCGGAUUUUCAUCCGGGCUCGUGGAACCCCGCAUGGAGUGUUGCAACAAUAUUGACCGGACUUCUAUCAUUCAUGUUGUCCGAUGAGAUGACCACAGGAUCUGUUACCACCUCUGAUGCAGAGAAGCGUGCGUACGCUGCGCGAAGCCACGCUUGGAAUCUCGAACAACGACGGUUUAGAGAAGCCUUUCCAGAUUAUUGCACCCCCACACCACGCGAUGUACCUAAUAUGGCCCAGAAGGAGCUCGGCAGUUCCUCUAAGCCUCAACCCACCCAGUCCCCCUCUGCCACCCAAUCGCCAGUCCCCACACCCGCCCAAGCACGUACUACGUCUAUUACAUCUACACCCGCUACACUGACCACUGCUGAUGCUGGUACACGAACAUCUAAUAGCAGUGGGUCCAGUGUUGUGAUACCUGGCGAUUCUACUGCUCGUGCGGCUGCCACCUGGACCACGACCUUGCGACAAAUGGUCUGGGAGAAGUGGAGGUGGGGAGUUGUACUUGCGCUGGCACUUAUCGUCUCUCGUUUGUCCUCCGCAUAGCCCUUCCUUCAUUGCGCUGCACUGUCGCUACUGGGUCUUAGGGGUAUGUUCUUGACGGACGGCUGUGCGGCCUCAUUAUUUUUGGUCCUCUCGUUGAUCUUUAUGGUUCUUGCAUCAAUAUCGAAUACAACACAUUCAUUCAUACCAUAUUUCCUUUUACUGUACCUCUUGAAUCUCACCGCUCCUUAAGUCCAUUGUCUUUUCUUUCUUUGGAUGGCAUACAUAUGUACUGUAGAUGAUCUCGUGUUGUCAUAAGCCGAAUGAGCUUACUGCGUACUUACCUUGGUUUUGAGCAUCAUUGGAUCUAUAGGAAUGGUUGAGCAGGGUGUGCAAUAUAUGAGCUUAUAGUAAGUAGGUCUAAGUAGAACAUGUGUGCAGACUUCUAGAUAUCAUGAAGUCAAUGUAGCCAAAAGCCCCUUCCAGACG